AUGGCUUCCUCCACCAUAUACAACCAUAGGAGUCUCCAGCCUACCGCUCCCCCUGCUCAGGGGCCUGGCCAGCACACCCAUGCCCGUCUCAACGAGGCAUUCGACUCCAUCCGCCAGGACUUUGACACCCUCACCGCCGAUAUCAAUCACCUCCGUAACCAGCGGGACGAGUACGAGUCCAAAGUCGCCUCGCAGAUCAACGAACUCAACAUCGUCCGUCAGAGCCUAUACGAGCUCGAAUCCCAGCACGGCAAGAUCCGCCAGCAGUACGAGGAAGAGGUCCAGCGUCUCCGCGCCGAGCUCCAUGCGUCCCGCCAGAACCUCGGCAUCAACGCGCCCCCGCCCCCGCACGCUGGGCUGCCCCCUGCUGGCCCCGCUACCGCCGGUCCGCCUGGUCCUCCUGUGGCUGUACCGGGCGCUCCGCCUGGGGCGGGCCCGGGCGUCUUUGCGGAUUCGUAUUACUCGCGGGACCGCGACCGUGACCGUGAACGGGAGAGGGAACGCGAGAGGGAGAGGGACAAGGAGCGCGAAAGGGAUAUGCGUGAGCGUGAUAGAGAGCGGGAAAGGGAGAGGGAGAGGGAAAGAGAGCGGGAGAGGGAUAGGGAUGCGAGAGAGAGGGAGCGCGAUCGUGAGCGGGACCGUGAGCCGAAGCGCAUCAAGACCGAGCGGAUGAAGAGCGAUCGGGCUGACCCGUAUAGCCCCUCCCUCGGUCCUCCUCCUAGCAAGCUUCCUCUGCAAUCUAGCUCUGUCGCGCCGUUUGCGGGUCCUGGUCUCCCGCCGCCCCCGUCGGCGCAUGGGCCUUAUCCACCUGUCCCGGGCAACCCCGCGCCUGCGCCGCCGCCGGAGCCCGCGUCGCCCGAGUUCGCACCCAACGGCGGCCCUCAGUUUCCGGACGAACUCGACCCGCACAACGUACCCGCGGACAUGAAGAAGGAAGGGAGCGACUGGUUCGCGGUGUUCAACCCGAAAGUGAAGCGCGUGCUGGAUGUCUCGUUGACGCAUACGCUUAUGCACGAGAGCGUCGUGUGUUGCGUGCGGUUCUCGGCGGACGGCAAGUAUCUCGCCACCGGGUGUAACCGAACGGCGCAGAUUUAUGAUACGAAGACCGGCGCUAAGACGUGCGUGCUCGCGGACGAUACGGCGGGCAAGGCGGGUGAUCUGUACAUUCGCAGUGUCUGCUUUAGUCCCGAUGGCAAGUUCCUCGCUACUGGUGCGGAGGAUAAGCAGAUUCGGAUCUGGGACAUUGCCAAGAAGCGCAUCCGCAACGUGUUUGAUGGGCACCAGCAAGAGAUCUAUUCGCUCGAUUUUAGCAUCGACGGCCGGCUCAUCGUCUCUGGUUCGGGCGACAAGACCGCGCGCAUCUGGGACAUGGUCGACGGCUCCUCGAAAGUUCUCACGAUCAAUGAUCCUGACAGCGUGAACAACGACGCGGGCGUCACGUCCGUGGCCAUCUCGCCCAACGGGCAGCUCGUCGCCGCGGGCUCGCUCGACACCGUCGUGCGCAUCUGGGACGUCGGCACCGGCGCGCUCGUCGAGCGCCUGCGCGGGCACAAGGACAGCGUGUACAGUGUUGCGUUUACGCCGGACGGCAAGGGGCUUGUGUCGGGAUCGCUGGAUAAGACGCUCAAGUACUGGGAUGUGAGUGCGCUGACGUCGGGCGCGAAGCGGAAGGAGAUUGCGGCGGCGGCGGCGGCGGGGCCGUCGGGGGUGGGGCCGUCGGGCCCGGGGAGUGCGGGUGCGACGGGGCCGGGGGCGGUGGUAAGGAAGGAGGAGAAGGCGAGCCCGUGCACGAUGAAUUUUGUGGGGCAUAAGGAUUAUGUGCUGAGUGUUGCGGUGUCGCAUGAUGGGCAGUGGGUUGUGUCGGGUUCGAAGGACCGGGGGGUGCAGUUUUGGGAUUCGCAUUCGGCGACGGUGCAGUGUAUGUUGCAGGGGCAUAAAAAUUCAGUUAUUUCGAUCGAUCUUAGUCCGUCUGGGAGUAUACUCGCGACGGGCAGUGGUGAUUGGCAGGCUAGGAUAUGGAGCUAUACCCAGCUUUGAGCUUUGCGAAUGCGAGUUCUCAUCUCAUCAAACAUGUAGAUGCGUGCGUCUGCCGCUCGAGAUCGGAUUCGGGGCGAUGGUGGAUGGCGCUAUAUCAUAUUACAUGUUGUGAACGUGGUUUCUCGGUGUGCGCUGCUUGCUUGCUUGCGCUGAAGAGUUGUUGCUACAAUCUGUGUCAAUGAUGCUGUGUAAAAUGUUCAUAAUCGAUUUUCU